AUGUUUGUCUCUUCGAGGCACUUGUUUUUCUUUUCAGUUACUGUUCGGGGUACAACUAGUUCUGAUCGUUUCAAAGGUAUUCUUUUGGUUGCUAAAGGUCAAAGUAGUCAAAACAUUUUGGGCAGUUGGUCAUCGAUCGAUUCAUCAGUUUAUGUUGUUUUUUGCGAUGGUACAUCCUCGAAUGGAAUUACACAAGCAGCAAGUACUACUAAAUCUCAAAUUCAAGCAACUUGGACCUCUCCAUCCACGACAGCUCAAGAAAAUAUUGUUAUUAGUUACCAACAAUCUUGCGAGGUCCCAAUGGCUCGGCAUCGGCUUGGUAAUGAUCAUGUAUUUGUGUGUCAACGUUUGAAUGAUGACACAAUUCAACUUCAACGUUUCAUCAAUCCUGGUGGUUAUUCGUCUCCAACCAUAGUUACUACUGAUUCCAAUUAUGGUGGUAUAUUAACAGUAACCCGAGUAGCUCUAAACAAUGGUGUGGCCUAUUGUGAAUUCACUCUGUCAAAUUUUACUACUACAAUGGGUCGACGAAGAAAACGGAGCAUUUCUUUACUUUCACAAAGUACACAAUAUCGUAUUCUUGUGGCCACAGGACAUCUUGCUGGCUCAAAUGCAUUAGUACAGCAUUCCUCGGUAGCUGUGCUAACUCAAAAGAUUCAACUUGACCAAUCCGGAACCAUAGCGACGGCUAAUAUUGAAGGAUCCGACGAUGAUAAAGCAAUGUUCUUGCGUGCUCAUGGUAUUAUUAUGCUAUUUAUUUGGAUUCUAUUUGUUCCAACAGGUAUUCUCAUUGCCCGAUAUUUCAAGCAGUCUUGGCCUACACGAAAACUUUGUGGUAAACAAAUGUGGUUUGCUGUUCAUCGAUCAGUAAUGAUUUUUGCUGCAAUAAUGACACUAAUAGCAUUCGCCGCGAUUCUUAAGUAUAAUCAAGGUACAUGGGUUUCACAAAAUGAGUCGCGUGAAUUUGCUCAUUCAAUCAUCGGUAUGCUUGUUAUUAGUGCUGCUAUAAUCCAACCAAUGAUGGCUCUAUUUCGGUGUCAUCCCGAUCAUCAAUAUCGGUUUAUUUUUAACUAUGUACAUGCUAUAGUCGGCAUCGGUGCAUUGAUUCUCUCGAUUAUUGCUAUUUUUCUUGCUACUCUGUUUAGUUUAUCUGAUACUUCAAUAAACAAACCUUGGCGAAUAGUUGUGGCAUGGGAGUCGACAGAGUUUGCUAUAUUGAUUGGUUUCGAGUGUCUCGAAAUUUUCUACCGCAAGAAAUGGUCACCAUUUUGCGUUAAAAACCGAGACAAACCUGUGCAAAUGGAUGUUCUUCAUAACAGUAGUGAUGCAACACCAGUGGAUGACCGAUCAUCUCCAGAAAAUAUACUUAAGGAGCGAUUAAAAACCUUCCUUCUGGCAAUUCACAUUCUGGUUGCAUUUGGUCUUUCACUCACGCUGGCUUACUGUACAUGGCAAGCUUCUUAA